UCUAUGCCCUCUUAAGUAAAAGUAGGGAAGAACUGCAUUUAACUAGCGUUUAACAGCUCAACAAUGUAGGGAAUGGGCGAUUUUUUGUACCGUUCUGUGCGGCAAUACGGAGUGUCAAACUUAUGUGCAGAACGUGUUCUACCAAAGAUAUUCUGCCUUACUGGGGGCAGCCAUUCGCGAAAGUCAGAGUUCAAGAGAGAUUCUGCAAAUGUUCUACAGAUUGUGCGGCGUCAUGCUUCUAUGAUUGGUCCAGAGUCACGCGGCUGCAUAUCUUAUCAAACUGACCAACUAGAGCAGAGUUUGAUGCAGCUGAAAAACACAAAUCCCGUCGGCCUCGACACAAACAAGUUGGCAAGCUUCGCAGGCGCUGAGCACUACUCCUCGGUCGGAAAUCGGCCGAUACAGACAGUAUAGCUUCAAGAUGGCAGUUGGCAACGCAGUAGAAAAACUCCGCGAGAACGUAAAAGAUAGAAUCAACAACGCCACUGCCGAAAUGUCUAACGUCCUCGUUAUUGGCCUGACUGGCAGUGGAAAAUCGUCCCUGAUCAACUCAAUAGAACAGUCUGUUGUGGGCAAGCCGGCAAACCUAGCCAGGGUCGGCAGGGGUGUGGGAGAAAAUGUCACCUUGUGUAUUGAAGGCUGCGACAUGUUCUCAACGCUUGGGGACAACCUGAGAGACAAGGUGAAGUUCUGGGACUUUGUCGGCCUUCCGAACCGGGACGACGAGGCCAUCAGAACCCUUAUUUCACUAGCUCUUGAUGGCCGUAUUCCUGAAAACCAGCCUCUGACAAACCCUGAAUACUUCGAGAUGUGCAAGGAGGAGUUAGAGGACGAGUUUCCGGUGAUCCCAGAUGGACCAAAGAUCCAGCGUGUUGUUGUCGUGUGCGCGGCUGAUGAGGAGAUACCCACAAAUCUCCUGAAGGCGACGAAGAAGGCGGCUCAACCGGCGACGACGGCAGCAGAUCGCAACAUACCAUUGUUCCUGUUCAUCUCCAAAGUGGACAAGAUGGUCGGAGAGGCGAACGCCGAGGGCCUCAGCCGAAGGAUACACAAGGCCAGGGACACCCUUGAUGCAACAAACUACUUCUUCGAGAAAGCUACCCUGUACCAUGAACAAACUAAUGCGGUAAACGACCCAGGUAUGGCUUCAAAUGAUUCAACUGAUGAGUCUCUCUUACGAUUUUUGUUUAACAUCCUGAAUCCUACGCUCCGGCUGGUUUACGCCAAACCACGACCUGAGCCAAUACUGGGUGACCUCAGGCGAGCGAACCGACGAAAGUACAUUCGUACAAAGCGAUGGGUCAGAAAGAACCUUUGUCCACUUUGGAUAGCUGAAGCCAUAUUGCUGGGUCUGGUAGCAAUUGUGAUAGCAAUUGUUUAUCUUAAUAGAAAGUAGACCAUGAUGUGACCCUCUAGGCAAGGUCGGCUUGCAUUGUACCAUGAUACAUGUAGCUGAUAUUAGCUAUCAUGGUACAAUGCAAGCCGACCUUGCAAUAUUACAUUCAUUUUAAGUUCAUGUUGGCUACCAUAGGUUCAGCGGUAAGGUAGCAAAGUUCACGGUCGGAUGAGUUUCCCCUACUGGUUCCGGGUCGGAGUUGAAAUUUGACUGGAGCAUGCAUAAGUAAGAUCAAGUAAGUACACGGAGGAAUGGUAACCUUCAGUUUGCUAAAGGGUGUAGGCCUACCUGAAAGUCGUAGAAGAAACUCUUCCCACGCGUCAGCACUAUGGCAUAUAUACGAAAAUUCUUCGUGUAAAUUAGAUCUGCAGAAUUGUCAAUCUAAUAUGUCAAUCAAUCUAUUAUUUUACAUCCGCAAUCUUGGAUUUUUUUGACAACGUGUAAAUUAAAGGCAAGCCUUAUUACAAAGCAGUUAUCUUCGACCGUGAAGGAGUACCAGACCUUCAAAAGCACAAAUUGACACUGUAGGUUAAAGAUACAAAAUUCUUCAUGUAUGAAUAUGUAAAUCUAUAGACUAUACAAAUACAUGUAUAAUGUUAAAUUGAGCCGAAAGCUACCAUGGAUAUGUAAAUAGAGCAAAAAUAACAGACAUUAUUUGGUGAAAGCUGUUGUAUGGCAACAUUUCUUGCAAAGACAAAAUGUGCGUCAGAU